GAUGAUCGCAUUUUCAGUAGCCAGUGAAACGCGUUGCUUGAAACACGCAUACGCCAUGAAAGCCCGACUUCGUAUUGCAGUGCAUCUCAUCGUGUUGCUGUUGCUUGCCGUGGCCACAACCCAAGCCAGAAAUCAAGAUGACAAUGAACUAGAAGUGGUCUUAGAUGAUAACGCAGGUAAGGAGACGGAGCAAUACCCAACGGAGGCCACGAGUGAAGCCUCAACGGAGCGCGUCAACAAGAUGCGCUUGGUCAACAUUAUGAGCCUACAAGAGUAUUGCGAAAUAAAGCAGGGAAAAGCACUGUGUAAAGGAUUUCACUUUGAUGAUCCGGAGGAAUUGGGCUUCUUCGAUCUGGCAACACAGGUACGCAUAGCGUCAGAUGGUGCCACCUAUGAGCUGGGAGCCAAACAACCUCUGAGCACACUCAUCAUGGAAAACUCGACAUUUGUGAAUUUUCCGCUGCAUUUGUUCUACGAACUGCCGCUGCUGAGCGAGCUGGAUAUGCGGCAUUGUCGCAUGCAACACGUUAGCUGGGAAUGUUUUGUGGCUGCGGACAAAUUGAAGAUUAUGCUGAUCUCUGACAACGCCAUCACCGAGCUCGAAGAACGCGUUUUCACCUACGCGAGUGGACUGGAAUUUCUAUUCUUAAAUAACAAUCAGCUGAAUCGCCUGCAUGCGGAUGCGUUCAAGGGUCUGCGGCAGCUGCGACAUCUCGACUUGAGCGGCAAUCAGCUAGAGGAACUGCCGGAAGGUCUGUUCGCCGAUCUAAGAAUGCUCCAUCACCUAACGAUCGCAGAUAAUCGUUUACGCUUUAUCAGCAGCGAGAUGCUGGCACAAAACGAACGCCUCCAGACAGUCAUUUUGCAGGGGAAUCAGUUACGACAGCUGGGCGAAUACGCUUUCAGCUCGGCACCCCAGCUGCUCGCACUGGACGUAUCGCACAAUGAGCCACUGGAGGUGCUCGUGCUUAACCUCAACGCGGGUCACUUGUUGGCCUGCAAUUGUUCGCUUCAUCGCGUGAAUAUCUUUGGUGCCGUCACGAAUGUCGAUUUGGGUGAUAAUCGCGUGCAGGAGCUAUACUUCUCGGCCUCGGAGGCACUGGAGGAUCUAGUGUUACGCAAUAAUUCGCUGGUGCAGCUGGCAACGCUCUCGCAAGUGCCUCGACUACGACGCUUGAAUGUAGCGAACAAUCCCAAAUUACGCGAACUGCCUAGCGAGUGGGAAACUCCACAAUUGGAAAGAUUGGACUUGAGCAACACGGGUCUGGAGCAAUUGCCGCACGCGGUAUUACGUGGCAUGCCGCAAUUGCGGAAGCUAAAUGUUUCAGUUAACAAUAUCAGCGAAAUUAAUCCACAGGAUUUUCAGUACUUGUCGCAGCUAACACACUUCUUCAUACAAGCAAACAACUGGAACUGCUACAAUCUAAAGAUGGUAAUGGAUAUGCUCAUACUGGAGCAUGGCAUUACCUAUGUGCCGGACAGAGUGGAUGCAGAGUUUCCGGGUAGCUAUAUUAAUGGCAUUGCUUGCAUGUACCGCUUGCCCGAGCGGGAGCAGCUACAAGUGGAGUCAAUCUCGGAUGAUCUAUCAUUGGCCUCCUCCGUCUCCUCCUCAUCGGCUAGCAUGGAAUACAGAGAGCCCAGCGAAGUGGAGAAAUUGCGCAAGGAAUUUAAGUCUGUGGUCCAGCACAUGGAGAGCAAGUUCGAUAGUGUCUAUGCGCAACUAAAUAAUCUAAAUGCCAAAAUGAGAAGUUUGGAGCAGAUAAACAGUACUUUGUGGAGCCAGAUGACAAUUACUGUAUGAAUGUCAAAUUAAUUUGAAUAUAUUUCUGAAAAUAUAUUUCAGAAUUUCUUUUCCAAAUUGUAUUUCGCCGAAUCGUGCUAAUAUUUAAUAAAGUUAUAACUGUAC